GGAGAUCUAAACGUUACAAUCUCUCCGUCGACUCAUAUCUCUCAUACCUUCUCCUGCAGUCUCCAUAAGCCGCGAAGAUCCUCUGAUUCUUCUUUUAAAGCAGUGAAGUCUUAGACGGAUAACUGAAUCUGAAAAUGGCGGUCGCGGAGGAAAUCACCGGCGCCAUCACGAUGAUCGACGAGACAUAUGAAUUCUCGGCACCACGCUUCUUCGAUUUUACCAAGUCGGAGUCCGAGGAGGACACGAGCAGAGCAGAACUCUGGUUUGAAACUGCUCUCUCUUACGCGCCUUCUCCAUUCAUGCCAAAAAUCAAGACCGGAAGAUCUAUUACUGUUGAGAGCUUGUGUGAUUUUAGCGAAGCUAACAAAAUGCAGAAGACAUCAGCGUCAACCGAUCUAAAAGCUGAUAAUAAUAAUAAUUUGGAUGUCAACAUUCAACCUCAGUGCAUGAGUGCCGAAGUAGAGGAAGGUGAACUUUCCAGUGAAGUCAUAGAGGAAAACAACAUGACUGCUUUCGAUGUGGUUUCUGCUAAAAUGGAAAGAAGUCGCAAUGAUUAUGAAGGGGAAGGCGCAUGCUCAAGUGACAAUAAUCAGCCAAAAUGCACGAUUAACAAACUGAAGGAAGAUGCACAUUGUAGGGAAGAUGAGGUUUCCGGUGACAUGGAAAGAAGUCAUCCACAUGCUGAAGGGAAGAGUGCAUGCUUAAAUCCUGUAGGAGCAUCCAUUGAAGUUGUUAAAGAAGCUUGUACACCCAAUCCAUCUAUAGCAUUGCAGAAAAGAGUCACGACUACGAUUUCCAAGAAGCAAGAAACAGCUAAAAAGAUAGCUGCUUUAGUUAAGAAUCCAUCAGCGUUGAAGACAAAAGCCCAGUUACAGUCAUCAGCACUUAAGACAAAAUUACCAUCAUCGGCAGCGAAGACAAAACCUCAGUUACUGUCAUCAACAACGAAGAGUGCCGCUAGGACCUCCCACUUAUCACAAGAAAACCAAGCUAUUAAGAGGCAGAAAUUGGAAGGAGGAAGAGCAAGACAGAUUCUGAACGUCAAACCUCAAAAUUUGCCGCACAAGUCAAAACUGAGUUCAGCCGCAAGCAACGCCAGUAGCUCUUCAAAUGCUAGUAAAACAAACAAGGAGGAUAGAAAGGUUUAUGUUCGUGAAACGCCGACACCAGCAUCUUUACCAUUUGUAUCAAUGGCAGAAAUGAUGAGGAAAUUCCAGUCAAGUACCAGAGACUUGUCAUUGCCAAAUGUUAAUAUCGGUCAUUCUCAAGGAGAUGCCGGUUCCAUGAUCCAGACGAAACCAAAACUCACAUUGACCAGGCCUAAAGAACCUGAAUUUGAGACAGCUCAACGAGCCCGGUCAAUCAAAGUGAAGAGUACUUCUGAGCUUGAGGAAGAAAUGAUGGCUAAAAUGCCAAAAUUCAAGGCUCGACCCCUAAAUAAGAAGAUUUUGCAAGCUCCUACAGUGCCUAUUGUACCAAGAAGUACACCGCAACCACCAGAGUUCAAGGAAUUUCAUCUAGAAACAGCAGCUAGAGCCAAUCAGAAUGCAGAUUCAGCUUCAGUGGCUUCAGGAAAAUCGUCACAUCAGGAACCAUGGAAGCCUCAUCUCACGGAGCCUAAAACGCCGCUGCUCCAAACAUCACUAAGGGCCCGCCCACCUAAGGUGAAAAGUUCAUUGGAAUUAGAGCAGGAGGAACUUGAAAAAGUUCCUAAAUUUAAAGCGAGGCCUCUAAAUAAGAAGAUUUUUGAGAGUAAAGGGGAUAUUGGUAUCUUUUGUCAUACCAAAAAAUUUGUCACUCAACCACGAGAAUUUCAUUUUGCGACAAAUGAAAGGAUUCCUCCACCUUCUGCUGUAGUUGAUCUGUUUGACAAGUUAUCAUUGAAUUCUGAACCUGCACAUAAGAACCCAAUUCCAAGAAAUACAAUACCAAAUCCAUUUCAUCUCUAUACAGAGGAAAGAGGUGCCGAGAAAGAGAAGAGACUUCUGAUGGAACUUCAACUGAAACAGUUGGAAGAGGAAAGAACCCGAGUUCCCAAGGCGAAUCCAUACCCUUAUACAACUGACUAUCCUGUGAUCCCGCCAAAACCAGAACCCAAGCCGUGUACUAAAGCAGAGCCAUUCCAACUAGAGAGUCUGGUGAGACAUGAGGAAGAAAUGGAGAGAGAAAUGGAAGAAAGGCAAAGAAAAGAAAGAGAAGAGGCCGAAAUGAGAAUUUUCAGAGCGCAGCCAAUCUUAAAAGAGGACCCAAUCCCAGUUCCUGAGAAGGCUCGCAAACCCCUUACGCAAGUUCAGGAGUUCAACCUACGUGUGAAUGAUCGAGCAGUGGACAGAGCAGAAUUUGAUCAAAGGAUCAAGGAGAAGGAAAUGAUGUACAAGCGGUAUAGGGAGGAGAGCGAGGCUGCAAGAAUGAUCGAGGAAGAGAAGGCCUUAAAACAGUUGAGGCGGACAUUGGUUCCCCAUGCUAGACCGGUUCCUAAUUUUGACCAUCCAUUUGUUCCCCAAAAGUCGGUUAAAGAGGCAACAAAGGCAAAGUCACCACACUUGCGUGUAAUACACAGAAAAGAGAGGCGAAAGUUUGUUUUAAAUGGCAGAGUGGCAUCUAGUCCUGCUUCCAGUAUAAGAUGAUUUAGAUUUGUUAGUGGGUCGCGAGCGUUCAAGAACUCCUGAACCCACCCGACACACUACUUGUGUACUGUAAAAUGCCAGUUAAAUCAAUAUCAAUUCUUUUUUAUUGAUGUGAAAACCAAAAAACUCGUUUUGAAAACGUUGUUUUUGGUUUUUUGUAUAAAAAAAUAAGAACCUUGUGGAUGUCCAUUAAUUAUUAAAUAUUGAUUUUAUUUGAUACAA